CGACAUCUUCACGCCACCUCCCAUUCCUCCAUCUUCAAUGCUACCUCUUCCCGCCAUUUCCGUCGACACCAUUCCCUCAUGGCCUCGACACCCUUCGUUUGCGCUAAUUGCGCUCGCGCCCUACGAUUAAAAACGAUAUCCCGCACGACGCUCCCACCAAUUCGCCGUCACAUCUCCCAAUCGCACCCCGCAUCCCUCCCCGCGAACGCCACGAAUGCAUCCCAACCAACGACACUCCAAGAUGGCACCUCGAAAACGCCAACGCAUUCCAAAACCUCCGACGCCACACCUGACCCCAACCCUGAACCGGGUCCCAUGGCAACCCGCCUGCGGCAAGCCACCGAAGACGCCCUGCUCACCGGAGGCCGCGCCGGCCGCCGCGCCAUCGAGGAAGCCGGUUUCAGCGAGGAGCUCAAGGCCCAGCUGCUCGACAAGGUAGCCGGCGCAAAGUUCCACCACGAACACUCCGCCGCGCUAUCCCAAGCUGGCAUCACCUCGCGCCUUCCCGACUCAGCCGGGUUGGGCACACGCGCUAUGGCCUCGGCCCAGCCAUGGACGGGGCAGGAGACCACCGAGGACACCGUUUUGCGGAUGCUGGACGACGCUCGCAAGCCCCUGGGCCCGGAACUGCGGGGGAAGAGCAAGCCGAUCGUGCCGCAACCCGUGGAUAUGCGCAUUAGGAGAGAGGUCGGCGUAACUCCCGGGCGGAGGGCGGCCGGCGCGCGGGAUAAAGCGCAGGCUUACGUGGGGAUGGGGAUCAAGGACCCCGGGUUGAGUGAUAAGGAGAGGGAGGCCAUGAGAAGGGAGCUUAGGGAGCGCUUUGCGCCGGGGGCAAGGGCGAUGCCGAAUACCGUGUCCGGGCUGGCAGCCUUGGCGAAUGAACGGAUCGAGGAUGCGAUCGCGAGAGGGCAGUUCAAAGAUAUCCCCCGGGGCAAGGGGAUUGAGAGGGACAGGCGGGCAGACAACCCGUUCAUCGACACCACGGAAUACAUCAUGAACAAGAUGAUCAAGCGCCAGGACUUGGUCCCGCCAUGGAUCGAGAAACAACAGGAGGUCGCCAAAGCGGCGGCGAAUUUCCGCGGCCGCCUGCGAAACGACUGGAAGCGCCACGCGGCCCGCAUGAUCUCCGCCCGCGGCGGAACGCUCGAGCAGCAAAUCGCCCGCGCCACUGCCUACGCACGCGCCGAAGAGACCCACAACCCGCGCCGGCGCCGCCCCGACCAGAUCGCCAUCCCGACCACCGCGACCGACGACGCCGUCAUGAUGAAGCAGGCCACUGCCCCGCCUGACUCAACGGCCAACCCCUCAUCAUCACCCCCCUCAUCAUCACCCCCAUCCUCCUCCUCCCCCUCUCCAUCACCCCCCUCCCCACCACCACCCUCCAUCGACACCAACACCAGCCCCCCCACAACUAACCCCCUCCCAACAACCCCCUUCCGCGACCCCACCUGGCAAGCGACCGAAGCCUCCUACCACGCCCUCGCCAUCGCCAACCUCAACACCCUCACCCGCGCCUACAACCUCAUGGCCCCCGAGCUGGCCCGCAAGCCCUACUUCUCGCUCGACCGCGAACUGCUCGCCUGUUUUGCCGAUGUUGCGCCCCUUGUUGCGGGGGAGAUACGCGCGCGGGCGGUUGGGAACAAAGGAGUGAAUAGGGGGGUUUUGGGGUUGGGGGGUUCAAAUAAGGGUGGGUUUGGUGGGGUGGGUUCUGGGGUUGGUGGUGGUGGUGGUGGGGUGGGAGAGUUGUUCUCGCUUGGGGGGGUCGGGUCACGGGUGAGUGUGGCCGAGGGGAGGGAGAAGGAGUAUGGGAUGAGAGAGUUCUGGCGGGAUUUAUGGGGGAAGUAA